ACCCCCACUACGCCUUCGCACAGUCCAGCCUGCGAUAGGAGGAUGGAAGAGUGGAAGAGAGAGGAGGGCAGAGUGGAUGGGGGGGCUAUUCUUUUCACACGGGCGGAAAGGCGUCAUAUUUGAUAGAGAACGCAGUCGGAGGAGCCGCAUCACGCAGUGAAGAGGAACAAGAAGAAGGAGGCGAUGCACGUCACAAAAAGGGUAUAGGACGAUACCGUUGAUAUCGCCCCUUCCACUCCCAUCCCUGCACAACCGGCGGGAUGUAUAUCUCCCCCUGCAUCGUUUAGCCGAUGUGCCGCUGGAGCGGAUCGUGUUAACUGGGAUCGUUCGGACUAUCCGUUGUUUUUCUCUCCUUGGUCAAGCCACCCCCGUUAAAACGGCUGCAGCCCCGCCGUUUGAACCGCGGUACGCACCGCUACCACCAAUAUAUCAAGAGUACAAGACAAUGGACUGAAACCGCUUCCAGAAAAACACCAUCGCUGCAUCAGGCUCCAGCCGAUGAAAACCCUGGCGCACCGGUUUUAGCUGUUGUGCAGCGGUGCUGGGAGGCGGCUAUCCUUCCACCGGGGAGACAGCCAGUGAGCAUCCCAAGUGUCAAUAAUGGCAUAGAGACAUCUGCAUCCAGACGACAGCGACGACUAACACGGCGCCCACCAACCAUGAACCUCUAAAAGACACCCAACACAGGCGAUGGGAUGAAAAUGCGAAGGCACCGGGUGUUCCUGCUCUGCACUGUGGGCCUGUGCGUCAUCUCCUUCCUGCACUACUACAAGGCGCUGCACUACGUGUCGCUGCUGCGGGAGCUGUCGGCGCCGUACCCCAACAUCAAGUCCUUCAUCAUGGUCACCGGCUUCUUCUGGCGGGAGCAGGGCAUGGCCGCCACCCCGCUCAGCCCCGCCCCGCCCGAGGAAGCCCCGCCUCUCAGGCCCCACCAACGCCCGCCCGAUGCCAAAGUCCACCGAGGGGCGGGGGCAGCAGCAGCAGGAGGAGGUGGAGGAGGAGGGGGAGGGGGAGAUGGGGGGGUUGGAGGAGGAGGAGGAGGAGGAGUUGAGGAUGAGCUGGCCGGGGCAAAGGAUGCCAUGGGGGGCCGCGAGGGUAUGGGGGUGGUGGGCCGGGCGGGGCUGGAGAUGAGGCUCAGGGAGGAGCCGGCGCCGCCCCCUCGGCCCUGGAGGAGACCGGAGCAGGAGAACGUCGGAGUGGGAGACGCAACGUCGCAGGAGAGAGCUGAGGACCGCCUCAGGCGGUGGGACCUGGGCCUCAAUCCGGACCCGCCGGCCAGAGAAGCAGAGAAGCCCCUAGUGGAGCACCCGGCGGGCUUCCCCAAGGGGGGUUCCUCAGACCCCCUGGAGACCAUGGGAGACCUACACACCCGGACCUACCAGCUCAAGGACGACCGCACCUCCUACUUCGUGCGGACCAAGGCUGGAGCCCUCUGCUUCCGCCAGGGCACGGAGGUCACCCUGAAGGAGGAGCCUGGGAACGGGAGGGCCCCUGGAGGAGGGCCCCCGGGCCCCGGCCAGAGGCGGCCCCUGGAGGCCCCGCAGCAGCAGCAGCAGCAGCCGGCAGGGUCGGCCUCCACGGCGGGCCCUCUGCGGGUCAAGCCCCGGGCUCGCGGCGGGAAGCGGCUGGUGAAGUGUGUGUGCCGGCCGGGCUGGCACGGGCCCUACUGCGGGGUGCCCACCAUGGUGUACCACUCCAACCUGCCCACCAAGGAGCGGCUGACGCCCAGGGAGACCCCGCGCCGGGUCAUCAACGCCAUCAACGUCAACCACGAGUUCGACCUGCUGCACGCGCGCUUCCACGAGCUGCGGCAGGCCGUCGACCUCUUCCUGAUCUGCGAGUCCAACUUCACCGCCUACGGCGAGAGACGCCCCCUCAGCUUUCUGCAGCGGCUGCUCAACGGGACGUACGACUAUGUGCGGCACAAGAUCGUGUACGUGUUCCUGGACCACUUCCCCGAGGGCGGGCGGCAGGACGGCUGGAUCGCCGACGACUACCUGCGCACGUACCUUACGCGCGACGGCAUGGCGCGAGUGGGCGGGGUCCGGCCCGACGACGUGUUUGUCAUCAACGACGCAGACGAGAUCCCCGCGCACGAGGGGCUGCUCUUCCUCAAGCUCUUCGACGGCUGGACCGAGCCCUUUGCCAUACACAUGCGCAAGUCCCUGUACGGGUUCUUCUGGAAGCAGCUGGGCUCCCUGGAGGUGGUGUCGGGCUGCACGGUGGGCAUGCUGCGCCAGGUGUACGACGGCGACGGCAUCCGCCUGCGCCGCCGCGAGUACUACACCAUGCCGGGCUUCCGGCGCUACGAGAACGACACGGGCCACAUCCUGGUGCAGUGGUCGGUCGGCAGCCCCUUCCACUUCGCCGGCUGGCACUGCUCCUGGUGCUUCUCGCCGCACGGCAUCCACCUCAAGCUGGUGUCGGCGCAGAACGGGGACUUCCCGCGCUGGGGGGACUACGAGGACAAGCGGGACCUGGGCUACAUCAAGGACCUGAUCCGCACGGGGGGCUGGUUCGACGGCUCGUUGCAGGAGUACCCCCCCACGGACCCCAAAGAGCACAUGUACGCGCCUAAGUACAUGCUGGAGCACUACGAGCACUUCGGAUACCUCCUUGACAACCCCUACGCCCGGUCGGACGCCGCCGCCCCCGCCGGAUAGGGGGCAGGGCUCGGCUUGGAGGGGGGGGGGGGGGGGGGUGGCUCCGUCCGGGGUACGCCUUGGUGCGGGACGGGGCUCUGUGGGCUCGGAGGGUGGGGCUUACAGGGUUUGGAGGCGACGGCGGGCGAGGACCCCAUGUGAGUUCUGGGACCCCGCUUCGUACGGACAGGGACACCUGACUGUAAGCCUCGCUCUGAUUGGUCCCAGGAAAAAACGGACUAACGCUGUGAGUGGUCCCUCCGAUGACCGCCCCCACCGAGCUCAGAGUGCUAAUGGUCGCCGUUAGC